GUCAAUUCAUGCAACUGUCAAACGAUAAAGUUUGUGAUUUUUUCUGUUCACAUAAUUUUAUUUUUUGCAAUGGUUUAAUAAUUCUGAAUUGAAGAUACGAUAUCCUCAUCUUUAGGAGGUUUUGCUAUAUUGUUCAGCUGCAUUUAAAAGAAAGUGAUCUAAUCACAAUGGGACGGAAGGUGACAGUAGCGGUAUGCACGCUCAAUCAAUGGGCGCUAGAUUUCGAAGGGAAUUUGAACAGGAUCCUACAGUCCAUACAAGAGGCUAAAGAGAUGGGUGCUUUGUACCGAACAGGACCCGAACUUGAGAUAUGUGGCUACAGCUGCGAAGACCAUUUCUACGAGCCAGACACAUGCCUCCACAGUUGGCAAGUUCUGGCUGAGCUUCUCAAGUCACCAACGUGUAAAGAUAUGCUGAUCGACGUUGGUAUGCCAGUACAACACAGGAAUGUUCUAUAUAACUGCCGAGUGGCGUUCCUUAACAAAAAGAUCCUGCUGAUUAGACCAAAGAUGUUUUUGUGUGAAGAUGGAAACUACAGGGAAAGUAGAUGGUUUUCUGGUUGGACCAAAGAACGUCAAGUUGAAGACUAUUAUUUACCAAGGAUGAUAUCUACUAUAACAAACCAGACCACAGUGCCUUUUGGUGAUGCAGUUAUUGCAACUAAGGAUACGUGCAUAGGAUUUGAAAUUUGCGAAGAGCUGUGGAAUCCUAUGAGCCGCCACAUCCCUCUCGGUCUGGACGGAGUGGAGAUAAUAUCCAAUGGAUCUGGUAGCUACAUGGAACUGAGAAAGGCCUAUGUAACUGUGGAUCUCGUUAAGAGUGCCACUUUCAAGAGUGGCGGGGCGUAUUUAUUCAGUAACCUUAGAGGUUGCGAUGGACAGAGGAUCUACUUCAAUGGCUGUUCGUGUGUCUCUGUGAAUGGUGACAUAGUUAGUAGGGGGCUCCAGUUUGCAUUGCAUGACGUGGAAGUGAUAACAGCCACGAUAGAUUUGGAAGAUAUUCGGUCCUACAGGACGCAGAUUCGAUCUAGGUCACAUUUGGCCGCGUCCAACCCUCCGUUCCCGAGGAUCACAGUAGACUUCGCGUUGUCUGAUGAUGAUGAUGUGCAUCUGACCACCAGCCCGCCUAUCGACUGGAAAUACUUGACGCCCGAAGAGGAGAUUGAACUAGGUCCAGCGUGUUGGUUAUGGGACUACUUGCGGAGGUCAGGGCAAGGGGGUUUCUUUCUUCCUCUAAGCGGUGGCGUGGACUCGACAAGUACUGCGUGUAUCGUGUUCUCUAUGUGUACGCAGAUUUGUGAUGCUAUACAGAAGGGAGAAAGCCAAGUGUUGUACGACGUACGCAAGAUCCUCUGCCAGUCCGACUACACGCCGUCAGAUCCAAUGGAACUCUGCAAUCGACUGCUUGUCACCUGCUACAUGGCUUCCGAAAACUCAAGCCAGGAAACUAAACAGAGGGCUUCACAGCUAGCCAGUGAGAUAGGAAGCUAUCACUUCCCGAUCGUGAUAGACGCGGCAGUGAGCGCCGUUAUCGGUAUAUUCACCACUGCUACGGGCCUCGUACCAAAGUUUAGGAGUAAGGGCGGCUGUCCACGGCAAAAUCUAGCCUUGCAAAAUAUACAGGCGCGUCUACGAAUGGUGCUAUCAUACCUAUUCGCUCAGCUGAUGCUAUGGGUGCGAGGCAGGCCGGGCGGGCUGCUAGUUCUGGGGUCUUCUAACGUAGACGAAGCCCUUAGAGGCUACAUGACCAAGUAUGACUGCUCCAGCGCAGACGUCAACCCUAUCGGGGGCAUAUCCAAGACUGACCUCAAAUCUUUCCUCAUGUAUGCUAAGAGUCGGUUCUUCCUGCCAUCAUUGUCGGAGAUCCUACAAGCCCCGCCGACGGCUGAACUGGAGCCGUUGACAGAUGGUCAGAUUACCCAGACAGACGAACAAGACAUGGGCAUGACGUACGCAGAGCUGUCAGAAUUCGGACGGCUGAGGAAAACUCUCCAUUGUGGGCCUUUUAGCAUGUUCCACAAACUAGUACACGCUUGGAGCGAUAAAUGUACUCCGCAAGAGGUAGCAGAGAAAGUGAAGCACUUCUUCCGCUGUUACGCUAUCAACCGGCACAAGAUGACGGUACUCACUCCGUCGUACCACGCGGAGACGUACAGUCCCGACGACAACCGGUUCGACCACCGCCCCUUCCUGUAUCGCGUCCAUUGGAACUGGCAGUUCAAGGCUAUUGACGACGCGGUCGCCCAAAUGAGCAAAGACAAGCGCGGAUCGACCCGGGACAAGGACCGUCCACAAGUAAAGCAAGAGCUCGAUACGUCCAUUCGCAAGUGACGACUGCGCAGAGGUAAAAAGAACACGAAAUAAUUAGAAUAACAAACUUUGACAACUAUAGUAUGUAUUAUUAUCUAUGAUAUAUUUUUUUAUUACUAGGUGAUAAUCUUAAAAAAACAAGUUCUAGGCAUCUACCAAAGGCUUCUUCAAAGAACAAACCUUAUCAGCAACAAGCUACGUCAACAUUACUUAAAAAAUAUGCCAGGAUAUAUAAUAUAUAUAAAAUAUACCGUAUUCUAACGAGAGAUGAAAGAAACCAUGGCAUACAAUAAAAAAAAUACUACGUAUAGAACGGUACUUCUCCGCCCCGCACCAAUUCGUAUCGGGCGUCGACCUCACCCCCUCUGGGUCUUACUUUAGUCACACCCUGGACACUAUACAUCUAUGGUCACAACCAGAGAUUAGGGUAUUUACUGGCGUGAUGAAACAUAGAAUGAUUUCUAAAUCUAAAGCAGGGCUUGAAAGCGGUUAAGUUUACGCGCGCCGAUGAUUUGAUUAUCCAAUAGGAAAUCUUAUACCUUAUUAAUCUUAUUAUACCUUAACCACUUUCAAGCCCUACUGUAAAGUGAUAUAUUCUGUUUCUUGCAUUUGUAGGGGAUAAGUAUUGUUCCAAAGUUUAUUGUAAUAUAAUUAAAAGGGCUUAUCUUUCAAAUGGGAAAUUAUUUACUAUUAGCGUUCUAUUUCGUAAACUGGUAUUGAGAAACAAAGAUUGAAUUACGCCCGAUUUGUUUUUUUCAAUUAAAUAGUAAUAUAAUUCUGUUAGAUAGUAAAGAAAAUUCUGAAUGCUUACCAUCUGUUUUUGAAUAAAUAAUACAAAAAAUACAAUGUUAUAUUUAUUUAUAAGUAUAUAUUUGUUAGUAUAUUUAUUUCAUAAACUUAAGAUUUGCUGUAGAGUUCAUUUUUGUUGCUGGUGAUCUGUUUCUCUUAAGCAUUUUCCCCCUUUUGUCCUUUGAUGCCAUUGGUGAAACCAUCCACUGUAAUUUUACAAAAUUUGUGUUACUAUCAUGAAAUUUUAUCUACCGUUAUCUUAGAGCAACGCGGGGAAAGGAAUAGUCACGCCAGCCUUCCUGUUCAAUCUAACAAUACCGUACGUAAUAGGCUAGUUUCCAACUAGUCAAAUCAGUUACUUUUUACUAAACGUAAAACACGAAAUCACACACACACACACACACGAAACACACACGAAACACGAAACACGAAAUCAUUAUGGAAUUUGUAUGAAAAAGUACACUGUGACGUCAGAAAAAUAUGAUACAGUGGUGCUAAUUCCUGUUAAUACCAUCUAAUUUUAUUUUAAGUUAUAUCUGUCAUUUUCUUAUCCGCCGAAAAGAAAAGGGACGGGUAAUUGACAAGCAUAAAAUUUAUGGAACACACGUCAAUUUUAAACACAAAUAUAAACCAACCGUCUAAAAAUUUUACAUCCGUCAGUUAAGUAGACAGCAUGUCAAACGGAUUGCAUACCAGCGACGUACCUUUUGAUUCGCCCGGGUUAUUCAUUCAUUUACUCAUUCUUCCUAAAAUUAAGAGCUGUGAAUCCGUCCCUUUCCUUUUCGACGGAUAUGAAAAUGACGGAUAUAACUUAAAAUAAAAUUAGGCAGUGUCUGUAGGAAUCGGGGCCAGUGUCGCACUUAUUAUUGCGUUUUUUUUUUGGAUAGAAUUCAAAAAUAAGUUAAAUAGAAAAAAGAAAACGUUUUUUAUCAGUUUAGAUCUGACUUUAUUUAGUAAUCAGAAUUUCGUAAUUUAUCCUUGACUUAGGAAACUACCCAAUUACCUAGUAUUUGCUUACGCGCCAGCUUACGUUGGGCCACGUGAUGUUUAUAGUCUUAAUACAUAUGUAAUGAUUAGGUAGAGUACGUCAGCAACCGUCAUACGAAGCACUACUCAAUGAAUGAUUUGCCACAUUAUACUAUCUUUUUGUAACUUUAUAAUAAGCUCAACUUCAACU